AGCAGCGGGCACUCGUGCAGUCGUGCUCCACGACGCUUGAUCCAUACACUGUUUUACCUCUACGCUGCUACCGGUCGGCAGGUAGCAGCCGCGAGGUACCGUGAACUCGUCUCGCCGAUUCCGACGCGAACGUUCCUCCGUGCUCGACGCGCCGAUUACGGGCCGACUCGUCUCGGGCGCGACGAGUCGCGUCGCGGGCAUUCCUCGCGUGUACAUUAUUCACUUUUUAUUUCUCGCUCUGACUCGUGACUUACCAGACAACUUUAUCUUCCCGUCGGAGACCUCACCGGAACACGAAACGUGCCAUAGAAGAAAGAAGAGUAUUCACACCACCGUGAAGUGGGCCAGAAAACUAUUGUUUUAUGCUUUGAGUAGCACUGAAUGAAACAAUGUGGCAAGAAAUGACCGGAGACGGGACCAAUAUGGCGUACCACGGCCUGAGCCAACAUGUUAACUUCGACAUGAUACCGGAUCCAGGCGGGCGUUUUCAAUUGGAGGAACUUAUUGGCGAAGGUACAUACGGUGAAGUGUACGCCGCUUACGACAAAGAAACUAAUACCAAAGUGGCCAUCAAAAUAUUGGAGAAUGUCGCAGACAACAUUGAAGAGAUCGAGGAGGAAUACUUAGUACUGAGAGAUCUGAGCAUGCACCCUAACAUUCCUCUCUUCUACGGCUUGUUUCUGAAACGUGCAAAGCCCGGUCAAGAAGAGGAUCAACUAUGGUUCGUGAUGGAGUUGUGCACCGGAGGCUCGGUGACCGAUCUCGUACAGGGUCUUAAGAAACGCUGUAGCCGCUUAAAGGACGACCAGAUAGCUUAUAUCUUGAAGGAGACUGUCGAGGCGCUCAUCUUCCUGCACAGUAAUCACUGUAUGCACCGCGAUGUGAAGGGUCACAACAUCCUGCUCACCGAAGAAGCGCGCGUCAAAUUAGUCGAUUUCGGUGUAUCGUCGCAUUUGGCCGCGACACUUGCCAGAAAAAACACGUCCGUUGGAACGCCGUAUUGGAUGGCGCCGGAGGUGAUAGCUUGCGAGCAGCAACUGGACUCAUCGUACGACUCACGUUGCGACGUCUGGUCAAUCGGCAUCACCGCCAUUGAACUAGCCGAGGGUGACCCACCCUUGUCAGAGUUGCACCCCAUGCGUGCGCUCUUUCAAAUCCCUCGCAAUCCGCCACCUUCGUUGAAGGCUCCGGACAUGUACUUGCCAGAACUAACGGACUUCAUAGCCGAGUGUUUGGUAAAGGAUCUUGAACAUCGGCCGUUUGCAAGCGAAUUGAGAGAGCACCCUUUGUUGAUGAACGUGGAGCCGAAAGUGGAGAGAAUCAGGCAACAGCUAAGAGAAGAGAUUCGCAGGCAGAGAGCCGAGGGUCGCGUUCACCGGCAACCUGAGGUGACCACUAAGCACGGUAAAUUGAAAACAGACCGCAAAACUAGGCCCGAGAAGAUGUACAUGGACGAUCUAGCGGCGUUAGACAUGCUGUCGGAAGAGGCGAUCGUCGAACAAUUGCAGCACCGAUACGAGCAAGCGCAAAUCUACACGUACAUCGGCGACAUACUGGUUGCCGUUAAUCCCUUCACCAAUCUCGGCCUGUACACCGGCAUUGAGCAAAAACGAUACAAGGGCCAAGCAAGAUCGGACAAUCCUCCACAUAUAUUCGCCGUCGCCGACGCGGCUUAUCAAGCACUGCUUCAUCAACGUCAAAAUCAGGCGAUUGUUAUCAGUGGCGAAUCAGGAGCUGGCAAGACGGAGAGCGCGAAUCUGCUGCUGAAGCAGCUCGUAUAUCUCAGCAAGGCGCCGAAUCGAAACUUAGAGGAAAGGAUACUUCAGAUCAAUCCCAUAAUGGAGGCGUUCGGCAACGCUACGACCGGCAUCAACGCCAAUUCUUCCAGAUUCGGCAAGUACUUGGACCUAACAAUGACGAAGGCCGGUAAAGUGACUGGCGCGCGAAUCUCGGUGUAUCUUCUGGAACAGUCGCGAGUGGUCGCCCAAGCCGAGGGCGAGCGGAAUUUCCAUAUCUUCUAUUACAUGUACGAUGGCCUGGAGGCGGACAAUCGGCUCUCGGAAUUUUUCCUCGACUCUUCGCUUCGGAGGUAUCAUCGAUACCUCACACAUCACAGUCACACGUCGCAGACUCACAUCGACAAAUUUCAGCAGCUUAAGGUGGGCUUCAAGGUGCUCGGGUUUCAGGAUAGCGAGGUGGACACUGUGUAUCGAGUUUUAGCUGCUAUACUGCAUCUGGGUGACAUCGAAUUUGCCGAGGUGGCGACCGAGGACAACACCGACAAUAAAAGCCGGGUUAUCGAUACCGCUCCGUUGCACACAGUUUCGAAACUACUUGGCGUCGAACAGAACGAUCUGCUGGAAGCUUUGACGUCAAACUCGGUCAUGACCAGAGGCGAAACAAUUACACGGAACAAUACAGUGGCCGAGGCUUGUACGGCGCGCGACGCCAUGGCAAAGGGUCUCUACGGUCGGCUGUUCGAUUGGAUGGUCAACCAGAUCAAUUGUUUGCUGUGUUUCAGCCGCUCGCCGAAUUACGAGCCGCUGGCGAUCGGGUUGCUCGACAUCUUCGGCUUCGAGAACUUCCCCAGGAACUCGUUCGAGCAGCUCUGCAUCAACAUAGCGAAUGAGCAGAUACAGUACUAUUUUAACCAGCAUAUCUUCACUUGGGAGCAACAGGAGUACAUGGCCGAGGGGAUACCCGUGGACCUGGUCGAGUUCUCUGACAAUCGACCGGUACUCGAUAUGUUGCUUAGCAAGCCCAUGGGACUCCUGGCGCUUCUCGAUGAGGAAAGCAGAUUCCCCAGAGCGACUAAUCGAUCUUUGAUCGAAAAAUUCCACAACAACAUUAAAUCCAAAUUCUACGUACGACCAAAAUCAGACGCGGUGUGCUUCGCGAUUCAUCACUUCGCUGGUCGCGUGGUUUAUCAAGCUGAGGGCUUCCUCGAGAAGAACAGGAACUUUCUGCCGCCUGAGGUCAUUCAACUGGUGCGACAAUCGCAGUACGACAUGGUCCGUUUCCUGUUCCAAUGCCCGAUCACGAAGACCGGUAAUCUAUAUUCAGCGUUGCAAGAGAACGACUCGAGAAAAUCGCACUCGAAUCAGAAUACGAAGGAACGAUACUCCAGUCGCGGUUUGGCAUCGCAAUCCAGAGCUCAGCAAACGGUGGCGACGUACUUUCGCUAUUCGUUGAUGGACCUGCUACAGAAGAUGGUAUCCGGUUCACCUCAGUUUGUUCGAUGCAUCAAGCCGAACGAUUCGAAAAGCCCACGCUUUUUCGACAAGGAGAAGGUUGUCAAGCAGUUGAGGUACACAGGUGUUCUCGAGACAAUACGAAUCAGACAGAAUGGAUUUUCUCAUAGGAUACCGUUCAACGAAUUUCUUAAAAGAUAUUGUUUCCUCGCUUUCGGCUAUGACGAACGCGUGAUCGCCAAUCGGGAAACCUGCCGGCUGCUUCUGAUACGCCUCAAGAUGGACGGUUGGGCGUUAGGCAAAACGAAAGUUUUCCUCAAGUACUACCACGUCGAAUUUCUCUCGAAGCUUUACGAGGAACAGCUGAAGAAGAUCAUCAUAGUACAAGCGUGCGUCCGUCGGUGGCUCGCAAAGAUGAAAUUCAAGAAGCAAAAGUGGCAAUUCGCUGUGUCGGUAGUCACGUUACAACGUCACAUUCGAGGAUGGUUGUCGCGAAAGCACACGGAAGAGAUGUUGGCUCAGAAACGCGCAGAGGAGGAAAAUUCAGCCCUCAUUAUACGAAACGAGAUGAAACGUAAAGCGCAAGAAAACACUGACAUUAAUAGACAGGAGGGGCAGCAACAAGGACGUAAGAAUCUAGAGAAGAACGAUGCCGCGAUUAUCAUACAAAGUCACUUCCGCGGUUAUACUAUCCGCAAACGUUUUGGCUACGAACUGGAGGAGCGUUUCAAAAGGAUCUUGAAUAACUACGACAACAUCUACGACGGCCACAAGGCGUUGCUGCGAGAAGGACUGAAACAUGAGGACGCGGCUCUUAUCGUGCAGAGAUGGUACAAGAAAGAAGAGAAAGUAAUGAGGAAGAAACCGAAGGCGAAAGACCCAAUACAUCCCAAACUACGACAAGCAGAUUUGAUUCAGUUCUCUCAAAAUGUACACAUGAAGAACCAGGAUUUGCACAAAAAUCUGCGUCGCAACAAGCCUGGCAUCAGAUUGAGCGAUAUCGAGGAACCACCGCUCAACUAUGUGCGUCCUGAAGGAUUCAACAUGGUGCAGUCAAUAUUGCAGUACCGCAGCGGGACGCAACCGGACGAGGAAAACACUGUCAAGUAUUACCGGGACCUGAAGGAGGAGAUGAGCAGUGGUUCGGAAUUCGAAGACGACGAAGUUGGCUGGGACUUACCGUUGAUACGGCUAGAAAAUGACCUCCACCCAUCGUCGAGGAAUCGGAGUGGUCAGAUUCUGGAAAUGAGUGCCGAGAGAAGGGAUCGUGCGGCUCAGGGCGAUUUUGCGGUGGCGCCAGAGAAACAUCUGUCAGAUAUAUGGCACAAAGCUCUGAGACAUCCGUCCGAUCUGCGCGAAAACGAGAGCUCCAAGAAGAAUGUAAGUACAACGAUUAAUGACCUGCAUAGCGGCAAUAACGUGCAAUCGCAAGCAGGCAAGCAACGUAAAACCGAUUCUCCGCAUAUCCACGAUUCAACUGGCCUACGAUUCGUAAUCGACGAUCGAUAUAACCACGGGAGCGAACGACAGAGCACUUUCAAUGGACAUAAUCUCGUUAACGGACACCAUAAUCCCAUCAACGAAUAUCACAUGCCGGUCAAUGGCUACAACAUCCGUCAGACACCCCACAAGACAAACAACCGCAUUGUUAAGAGUCAAGUGAAUAUUUCGAGCACCGUACACACCGAAUUAACCAACGGCUCGAUAACCACUAACAACGGUUCCGAGAAGACAUCCGGUCGGUCGAGUCCUAAGCCAAACGGUUAUCUGAUAAAGAACCAUCAAAACAAUGUAUAUCACAAGAACGGUAUCAACCGGUUGAGCGACGCAAAUGACAAGCCUGCGGAACACAAGCAGUUGCAGAAAGAAGACACGUUCAAUAUCGCGGCUAACCUGCGGCAGCUGCUGAGACCCACCGUGAUCGAGAAGCGACAAGAGAUCAGCAAGGUCGAGUACGACGCAGAGGACAUUAAUGGACCGUACAAUUUCAGGCAAUUGCUGAGACCGACCGGAUAUCUGCCGACUGAAUCAUUAAGGAAGAGAAAAGGGGAAUUAGUUUCCAACAGAGUCCCACUGCCGAAGGAUAAAGUUCCGGAGAAGCAUGUGAAGAGAAGAGCGCCGUUGGCGCCAACCCAAAACAAAAUGGUCAACGGGAAAAAGUGAGGUCACUUUGUGUUACUUAACGUUUUAGUUUCAAGUAUUCUUCUGUUUCAAGAGGAUAUCACCGAGUUUGAUUCAGUGUUUGAUAGACAAUCCGACGUAGCCGCAUUAUAAAGUACCGAAGAUCGACUAAUUGAUUAGUAAAUUAGUUAAUUUAUAAUGAUGAGAAGAAAAGACCGUAUAUAUUGUCGAGUUACAUUUACUUUAUAUUAUUUAUUAUAUCGUUCCCUUGUUGAGAAUCUAUGAAACUUAGCGACUGUCUAGAACUAGUCACGUCUAGCUUUACUUAAAUUAAACGUUUAUCAUCGAUGUAAGUAACAAAUAAAUUAUGCUCGUUAAUUAUUUGUACGAUUACUCGUCAAAAUACUGACGGAAAUCUGAAAGUUUGUUCAAAGUAAAGCACCACAUGUUGUGAUAAUUGCUCAA